AUGGUUGAUCUUGUCUCGCAGUCAGAGGAAUAUUCCAAAGAAUUGGAUGUUGCUGUCCGAGCCGUGCCAAUGGCUUGCUAUAAGGAUUUUAGUGCUUCGGUGGCAGUUGCAGGUUGGAGUGUCAAAGCAAUUGUCAGCUGUAUAUUGUCUGUAUAUUUAGGAGGUGAAAAUAUCUCGAUUCUAGCCGAAGGCGAUGAUGUUCAGACUCUUUCCAACACUAAUGCUGUCGAUGCUAGUUGGUCCUCUUCCAGCCUUUGA